UCACAGUCAGCAUCUACGCCGUACAAGCCACAAUGAUGACGUUCUUUUAUUGUUUGUUUUACUGUUUGGAUACACUUUGAUCAAUAAAGUUUUCUUGAAAAAAAAAAGGUAGCCCAUCGUUAAAAUGAUGCGAGUGUAAUUUGUCGUCCAGUCUCGCGGAGGACAGAGACGGCGCGUCAGCGCGAGGCAUCGGCGUUCUUCCGCGUGCGGCUCGCUCACCGGAACGUUAACGGCUGGACGAAGGAAAUACUGUAAAUAUUCACCAGCUGUGCUCAUUGAUGAACCAUCGAGCUGAACCCGAGGAAACAUGCAUCGUCUCAGGCACUUAGUAACGUCACAUCUUUCUCCGCAUGUUCCCCUUCGGACGAAAUCGCUGUACUCGGUUUUGUGGCAGCAUGCUCGCUUUAAAACGCAGGGGCCUUCGGAACAGUACGGACUGAAACGGUUCAGCACGGCGGAGGCUACCGUGGAGGCGGGAGACCCGGCCAGGAUGCGAGAGAAAACUCUGACCAUGGCGACCUUAAACCCGCAGGUGAAAGCGGUGGAGUACGCUGUGAGAGGACCCAUCGUCAUCAAGGCGGGAGACAUCGAGAGGAGGCUGCAGCAGGGAGUGAAACAGCCUUUCACUGAGGUCAUCAAAGCCAACAUUGGUGAUGCCCAUGCCAUGGGCCAGCAGCCAAUCACUUUCGUCCGUCAGGUGGUGGCUCUGUGUUGUUUCCCAGAGCUGCUGGACAGUCCGGCUUUCCCUCAUGAUGCCAAGCAACGGGCCAAGCGCAUCCUCCAGGACUGUGGAGGACAGAGUCUAGGCUCGUACAGUGCUAGCCAGGGGGUGGAGUGUGUCCGUCAGGACAUUGCUGACUACAUCACACAAAGAGACCAGGGUGUACCUUCUGACUGGAACAACAUCUACCUCACCACAGGGGCCAGUGAUGGCAUCAUGAGCAUCCUGAAGCUGCUCGUGUCAGGUCAGGGCAGCUCCAGGACAGGAGUGAUGAUUCCCAUCCCCCAGUACCCUCUGUACUCUGCAACCAUCUCAGAGUUAGAGGCAGUGCACAUUAACUACUACCUGGAUGAGGCCAAUUGCUGGGCACUGGAUAUUGAAGAACUGCAGCGAGCUUACCUGGCAGCCAAGCAGCACUGCCAGCCCAGAGUCCUCUGCAUCAUCAACCCUGGAAACCCCACUGGUCAGGUGCAGAGUAAGAAGUGUAUCGAGGAGGUGCUCCACUUCGCCUAUGAGGAGAAUCUGUUUGUCAUGGCUGACGAGGUUUACCAAGACAACGUGUACUCAGCAGACUGCCAGUUCCACUCUUUUAAGAAGGUCCUCUAUGAGAUGGGUCCUGAGUACUUCAACAAUGUGGAGCUGGCCUCCUUCCACUCCACCUCCAAAGGUUACACUGGCGAGUGUGGUUUCCGUGGAGGCUACAUGGAGGUGUUGAACAUGGAUCCACAGGUGAAGGCCCAACUUGUCAAGCUGCUGUCUGUUCGCCUCUGCCCUCCCGUCUCUGGACAGGCAGCGAUGGACGUCAUUGUGAAUCCCCCAAAAGAGCAUGAGCCCUCGUACGCUCAGUUCACCAAGGAGAAGAGCUCAGUCCUGGAUGCCCUUGCUCACAAGGCCAAGCUGACAGAGCAAAUCCUAAACUCUGUGCCUGGGAUCAAGUGCAACCCAGUCCAAGGAGCAAUGUACGCCUUCCCUCAGAUCUUCAUCCCACCACGAGCAGUUCAGGAAGCACAGUCCCUGUCUAUGGCUCCUGACAUGCUGUACUGCCUCAAACUGCUGGAGGAAACUGGUAUCUGUGUGGUUCCAGGAAGUGGAUUCGGCCAGAAGGAGGGAACCUAUCACUUCAGAAUGACCAUCCUGCCGAGCCCAGAGAAGCUGAAAGUCCUCCUGGAGAAGCUGAAGGAAUUCCACCUUCGAUUCCUUGAGGAAUAUUCACAACAGGAGCCUCAGAUCACCAGAACCACUCAAGACCAGCACAGAGAAAUGCCAAAGCAUCCAGACUGAUGCCCCGCAAACUUGUUCAAAAUGUGCUUGUGUAAUGUUAAUAUUGCUUUGAGUGUCCUCUUGUAUUUAAGGACUUGGUUACAGAAAUGCGUGCCUUACCCUCCGAUGAUAUUUAAAGAGGCCUCUACCUGUCUAUGUAGCCCAAAGCCCUGCGUGAGAGAAAAGACAGUGUAGACAUAGGAAGCACGCUCUUGUUACUCUCCUCUAAGUAGUUCCCUCAUGCUCUCAUCGGUCACUUCUCUGUGGCUUAGUGGUGAUCUUCCACUGAGAAUGUCACAUUCAACCAGCUGCUUUUCCUUCCAUACACAUCCUUUUCAUGCUUGGCCAAGGACUUCACACAUCAGCUUGUCCCACACCUAUUAGGCUUAUGAGGAGCUGGAUGCCUUAUUUAAUGUUAAAGUCACAAAAUCACAAAAAUAUCCAUACUGUGUCACUGGUAUCUAGCCAUGGAGACAGUUUUGUUUUAAUAGAGUUUUAGAUACCUGUCUGGCACAAUUAUAGAAAUGAAAAACUGUAGAGCAGUGUUUUUUCAAAAGAAAACCUCCUCCAACCUAAACAAAUAAACAGGUUAUUUUACCUUACAAAAUUAUCAGUAUGACUACCAAAAAAAUCAUUCUUCAUAUCAGAGAAGGAUAUCAAAAGUGGUAUGAGUGUUUUCUAAAGUUUGGUUAAUGCAGAGCCUGGUGAGAUGGGCUGUGAAAUGCCACCAACAGCAUAUUGUGGCAGUGUGGAGAAGCCUUUGAAACCGCUUUUAAACUGUCAUGUACUGUACGUUUCUUUAGCACGGAUAGGUUUAUGUCUCUAUACGGUUCAUUUGUAUGCUGUGGCAGCGCUGUGGGUACGGUGGAUAAGAUGAUGUUUCUCGCCACGGACACAGCUGGAAAACGCCCUGGUAAAAAUGACGGGCUUUGUACGGUGGUCUGCUGUCACACCACCACCAUCGCCUCCUCCUCCUGAUGAGAAACACUCAGCUUGUUCCAGCAGUAAUCUGAACCACGUCACUUUGAUGUGAUGUGUAUGAAACGUGUAGAUUUAAUGUAUCUGUGGUUUGUAGAAAUGUACAAUACCAACAUGUUAUUGUGGCAACUGGGCUGUGAUGGUAACAUUUCCAAAAAAUAUCAGUUAAACGAAUGAAAAAAAUAAAAAU